AUGAAGAAGUUAGAAUAAGUGAAUACAUAUUUAAACAAGUUUGAUGAAACUAUUCUUAAAUUACUUAAAGAGUCAAAUAUCAAUACAAUAAAAAGAACACAACCAAAAUCAAUUAUAAAUUCAGAUGAACCGACUAAAUAAUAGGACGAGAUUCUUAAUAAUUGUUAAUAUACUCCUGUUUCAAAUAUGGAAAAUUCUUAGUUGAAAAAGUCUGACAUAAUUGAAAAUAAUAACUCAUAUAGAAUUUAUAGAAGUAGACAAUAAAUAAAGACUUAAACAUUUGAAAAAUUUCAACCUUAACAAUAAUCUAUUGUUGCUAAUAGUCCAAUAAAUUCAGGAAUCCAAUCACCAAAUCAGGCAAAUACUUCAAUCAAUAUUGUUGAAAGACUUAAAACUAUUGAACAACAUUAUGGAAAUAAAAUCAAGAUUUUAGAGGAAGAAAAUAACCAAUUAAGAAAGUAAAUCUUCAAAUAAACUCAGAGCCUCUUAAAAUGAUAAAGUUUCAAUUUAAUCUUUAGAGUCCUAAGUACAAAAAUUAGAAAGUGAUUUAAAAGAAUAAUAAAAACUAUUUUAGGAUAUCCUCUAAAAGUAGUUAAACGAUUAAAAAUAAUAAAUGUGUAUUAUUUAAAUUCAUUUUUAGAAUAUGAAUUGGAAGAAUAAGAAACUAGAUUAAAAAGAUAAUUCGAAAGAUAAAUAUCUAGAAAAGAUUAAAGAAUUUUAGAAUUAGAACAGUGGUAAUAAAAGAAAAGAUCACAUCAUACUGAUAGUAAUAAUACAAAUUUACUAUUUACAUUCAAAACACAUGAUCAUUGA